AUGAAGAAUAAUUUCAAUUAAAAUUUAGACAAAAAAUAUGACUCUCGGUUAUUGCGAGUGAGGGAGAAAGGUCAGAAAGCUGCAAUAAAAAUUGAACUUUUAUCGGAUGACAUUAACAUUAAUCAAUAGGUAAGUGUGCAUUAAGAAAUAUAUGAUGUUAUUGCAUAGACUACGAAAUGGACUGAACAAUUAAACAUACAAUUUCUACUACUAAAAACGGCAUUACUGCGAAAAUUGGAUGAAGCCUUAUAAUAUGGUAAAUAAUGGUAAGCAAGUAUUAUAGAAAUGUAGAUAUAAAUCGAAAAGGACAAGAUUGAAAUUCAGAGACAACAGCAGAUUGCAAAACAAGAUUAUAAGGAGAAAAUUCUACACAUUAAUACAUCUUUCUUACAAAAAAUAAUAAAAGCCUUCGAAAAUUUGUGGAAAGAAAUAGAAGAAAAUAAAAUUGAUGUGGUUUUUAAAGAUUUUAAUAUUUACUUAUAACAGAUAUAGAAAAACGACACUAGUAAAGAAGAAUACAAAUUAAUUAAUUAAUUUGAUUAAAAGGAAAUCUGUUAUAGCAUAGCAUUUGAUCGGUAAAGGAAUAUCAUGGUUAGCGGUGCACAGGAUGGGAUCAAGAUAUGGAGAUUCCAGGAUGGAAAGAAAAUAGAGUGUAUAUAAUAGAUUAAAGGAGAUAGUGAAAUAGAUUAUGCAACUUGUUUAGUUUUCAGCCAAAAAGCUGAUUUUUUUAUAUCAGGUAGCUUUGAUUCAUCUAUUAAACUAUACUACAAUUAGAAUGAUAAAUGGCUAAAGUAGACUUGUAAAACAUCCCACAGCGGUCUCGUAACUUGUGUAAUUUUAACUAAUUAAGAGGAUUAAUUAAUAUCUUGCAGUUAGGAUUUAUCUAUUUUUAUUUGGAAAGUAAACCUUACUUAUAAAUCUAUCUAAUUUGAUUAGUAAUUGAAAAGACACGAAAAAGUUGUCCUUAGUCUCUGUAUCAAUCAAUCGGAUACUGAGUUCGUGUCGACAGGCUAAGAUUAAAAGAUUAUUAUCUGGAAAAAAGAUGCUAAUAAGAAAUGGAUUUUUGAUUAAUUGAUAUAUCAUUCACACUCUGAUUUUGGAUGUAGAGUUUCUUAUAUUACAGAUGACGUUAUUGUUUGGCAAUAAAGCAAUCAGCGAUAUAUUCAUUUCUAUUAAUUAAAAAAUGGCAUGUAUGUUAAAAAGUAGUCAAUCCAAUUUCCAUAGUCAGAAAGUUAAACUGAAAACUUUUAGUUCUUAUUCCCAACUAUAUAUCAUAGAAAAAAAUAAGUCUUAAUUCAAAAGGUCAACAAAAAAAUCUAUUUUAUUCGUUUUGAUGACGGAACUUAAUAAUAUAAAGUUGACUCUAGUACUAUCUCAUGCUCCAGUAGUGCUGUUUUUGGUAAUUUGACCUAAGAUGGCAAAUAUUUAGUCAUUUGGGAUUCUUUUUUGAAAUAAUUUUCAGUUUAUGAAUUAUUUUAUGAAUGA